AAACGGCCACCCCGCCCAGGUUCUUGGGUUUCCCUGGGCUCUGGUCUGAAGCCCGAGCUCCUGCGUUCCUGGAAAGGCUGCUGUGCCCGCGGUGGGAGCUCGGACAGAAGGAGGGUACCGGGAGGCACAGCAGCGGCGGUGCUGGGAAACUCGGCCGGCUGAACAGCAGGCUCUCGCCGACCGGCCAGUGAAUGUUUGUUUACUACUGAUGGGUGUGAGCAAAUUAGAUGUUCUAUACCGGAGACUUCUCCUCACAAAACUUUUUAUCAGAGGAUGGGGGAGACCAGAGGAUCUUAAAAGACUCUUUGAAUUCAGAAAGAUAAUUGGAAAUCGAGAAAAAUGUCAGAAUCUGGUUUCAAGUGAUUAUCCAGUAUAUAUCGAUAAGAUUGAAGAGCAGUCAGACUGUAAGAUCCUGGAUGGACACUUUGUCUCCCCUAUGGCCCACUAUGUGCCUGAUAUCAUGCCAAUUGAAUCUGUUAUUGCAAGGUUCCAAUUUAUUGUGCCUAGAGAAUGGAACAGCAAAUACAGACCCGUGUGCAUCCAUCUGGCUGGAACAGGAGACCAUUAUUACUGGAGACGGCGGACCCUGAUGGCUCGUCCUAUGAUUAGAGAGGCCCGGAUGGCUUCUUUGCUGUUAGAAAACCCUUAUUAUGGCUGCAGGAAACCCAAGGACCAAAUAAGGUCCAGCUUAAAAAACGUGUCUGACCUGUUUGUGAUGGGAGGAGCUCUGGUUUUAGAAUCUGCAGCUCUCCUGCACUGGCUAGAGAGAGAGGGCUAUGGACCUCUGGGAAUGACCGGGAUAUCCAUGGGCGGACAUAUGGCUUCCUUAGCGGUAUCUAACUGGCCUAAGCCCAUGCCACUGAUUCCAUGUCUGUCUUGGUCCACGGCAUCUGGUGUCUUCACUACGGGUGUGCUGAGUAAAUCGAUUAAUUGGAGGGAGCUGGAAAAGCAGUAUUAUACACAGACAGUUUAUGAGGAAGAAAUUAUUCACAUGCUUGAAUAUUGUGGAACAGAUUCUUUCAAAAUGGGACAAGAGUUUGUGAAACACUUCCCUGGCACCGCAGACAAGCUCACUGACCUUAGUCUUGUGUCUAGAACUUUAAAUUUAGAUGUGACAGACGGAGUUGUGUCCUCAAAACCUACCGAGCGCCAUAAAUCGAGUAAAACAUCUUUUAGUGCCACAUCAGAAGGACUCUUGUUGCAAGACACCUCUAAGAUGGAGUGCUUCAAUCAAACACUUUCAACCAACAAAAGUAGUUAUACCAGUUGUAAUCCUCAGUCAUACCACCUACUCAGUAAAGAACAAAGAAGAAGGAAUCUUCAGAAAGAAUCUUUACUCUUUAUGAAAGGAGUCAUGGAUGAAUGUACUCAUGUAGCAAAUUUCUCAGUUCCAGUUGACCCAAGCCUCAUUAUAGUGGUUCAAGCCAAAGAAGAUGCCUAUAUUCCACGAACAGGAGUUCGAAGUCUACAAGAAAUUUGGCCUGGUUGCGAAAUCCGAUAUCUAGAAGGGGGUCAUAUUAGUGCUUAUCUUUUUAAACAAGGGCUCUUCAGACGAGCCAUCUAUGAUGCGUUUGAACGCUUUCUCCAUAAAUACGCUAACUAAUUGGAUCACUGUAUGUAACCAGUGUGGCCGUCAUGUUUCUUACAAAAGGAGCUUCAUCCUUUGAUGAUGUGACGAGCAAGCGGGCAGCACUGUCUGUCUAACUGCUGCCUCAUUCGUCUGGCAUUCAGUGUUACAGGUCGGUCAGCUAUAACCUUUAAAUGCAUUUGAAUGACUUUAAACCAGUAUUUGGAUAAAAUGAUGAAGUAUUUUGUU